UGUCAGCCCCCUGGCCUGGUCUGCCCUCGUCCUGCCAGUCGUCCACUCGAGCACCAUGGUCCUCCUCCCGCCUGGCGACCUGUACUCGCCCGAGUCGAUCCUCGCCCAGAUCCCCUCGACCGCCUCCCCCUCGUCCCCACACUUCCUCAUCUUCUUCGCCUCGCCCGACGACUCGGGCAAGCCCUGGUGCCCAGACUGCUCCGACGUCCAGUCCCAGGUCGACCGCUUCAUCCCUACCGGGGUGUCCAGCACGCUGGUACACGUUGGCGACCGCGCUCAGUGGAAGGAGUCCAAGUUCCGCCAGGCCCCGUUCAACGUGACCCGCAUUCCGACCAUCAUCCGCGUCGAGCAGGGCGGCGACUCUGUCUCUAGCUCUCUCGAGUCCGCGCCGCGUCUCGUCGAGUCGGACCUGCGCAGCGAGGACAAGUUCAAGCAGUUCGUCGCGACCAAGUAGCGUCCGGCGGGCCCUCACGACCAGAUGCAACGACCGAGCAGUACCGAAUGCG